UAUUUUAAACAUGAAACAUCUUACACUCACUGAAAAAUAUUUGUGAAUUUUAUGAUAAGAAAUUAUAACGUUAAUGUAAACAAUGGCGUCUGCAUUGAUAUUCGUUUGCAGAAAGACUCGACAUUUUUGUAAAAAGCAUCGUUGCUGGUUAAAAUCUAUCGGCUACAGGGGUAUUUCUUCCAAUUCGGAUGAGUCUUUUCCAGAUUGGCGAAGAAUUUAUCAAGAAAGAAAGAAGCAAAUUCAAGAUAUACCAAGCCAUGAAAGUGAAAAGUACAAUAAGAGUGGUGUGUUUGUGAAUAAUGAGAUUUGCUUAGCAGACAUCAGGGUGUAUGGUUUUGACUAUGACUAUACCAUCGCUCAGUAUACGGAUGAAUUGCACUAUGUUCUGUACGACCUUGGAAAAGAAUCUCUGAUAACAAAUAAUAAGUACCCUGAGGAAAUAAAAGCACAAAGGUUCAACCCACAGUACAUACUCAGAGGAUUGCAUUAUGACAUAAGAAAGGGAUUACUGAUGAAGAUUGAUUCCUAUCACCAUAUCCAGUUGGGCACAGUGUACAGGGGAACAACUCAGCUGUCAGACACGGAAGUAUUGGAGCUGUACCAGGGCACACAUGUUCCCAUUGAAGAUAUGAACACAUUCUACGGUUCAGGACCCAUGCAUCAACUAGUGGAUAUGUUUGCUCCUCCGGAAAUGAAUCUCAUCACCAACAUCACAGAUUACUUCAUUGAGAACAACAUACCUUAUGAUCCCGAAUAUGUGUUCUACGACGUCAGAAAUGCAGUUCAAGGUGUCCAUACCUCAGGACUUCUACAUUCAACCAUCAUGAAUGACCUAGGGAAGUUCUUGGAGAAGGAAUCCAAGACUAAGCAGUUUUUGGAAAAGCUUGUAAAAGCUGGGAAGAAGAUGUUCAUCAUCACAAACAGUGGCUUUCCCUUCAUAGAUGCUGGUAUGCGGUAUAUGGUUGGGCCAGACUGGCAGGAUCUGUUUGAAAUUAUUGUCGUCAAUGCCAGAAAGCCCAAGUUCUUCAAUGAAUCCACUAGGCCAUUCCGAAUGUAUGAUCCUCUCAAUGUGAAGACUUGGGAACGAGUGAGAACACUGGAGAAGGGAAAGGUUUACGUACAGGGCAACUUCAAUGAUUUCCGGCACAUGACUGGCUGGCAUGGAUCUAAGGUGCUCUACUUUGGUGAUCAUGUGUACACUGAUCUUGCGGAUCCAUCCCUGAAGCACAGCUGGAGAACAGGAGCCAUCAUUCCUGAGCUCGAGGAUGAAAUAGAGAAGAUGUUAUCCGAGGAGUACAAAGUAUCCGUGCGCUGGCUGAUCAUCUUACAGAGACUGCUCGAGGAAAUACAGGCUUCACGGAAUGGCUCUCAGCAGGAGACGGGGAGUCAUGAAAUGAUUGGGGAGCUGCUGGAAGAACGAGAUGAGAUCAGAUCGCAGUUGAAGGAGCUGUGUAACCCACGAUUUGGCAGCAUGUUCCGGACUCACCACAACCCGAGCUACUUUUCCCGCAGGAUGGCGCGCUUUGCCGACAUCUACACAUCGAAACUGACCAAUUUGCUUCAGUUCUCUGAGAAUUAUACCUUUUAUCCGCGUCGAUCCUUCCUGCCACACGAGAGAUACCCAUUCUAUGACCCCUCGAAUUCUCCAAUAGAUUUGUCAUGAAAUGAAUCAUUUUCUUGAUGGCUUGUGAAAUACUCCCGUAGAUUUUUCUAGAAAUGUUUUGUGUUCAGUGUGUUUAGUAAUCUAGGGGCCAGUGCUAUGGGCCUGUGUUCAAGGGGGCCUGUUCUAGUGGCCUGUGUUCUAGGGGCCUGUGUUCAAGGGGGCCUGUUCUAGUGGCCUGUGUUCUAGGGGCCUGUGUUCUAGGGGGCCUGUUCUAGUGGCCUGUAUUCUAGGGGCCUGUUUUGUUUAAGUGAAAUUAUCUUAGGUCAUAUUUUUCUUAUAUUUAUUUUUAUUUACAACAAGUGAACCUUAAGAAAUACUUAAGUUGAAAUCAGACAUGUUAAAAUGAAAUCAGUGAACAAGUUGCCAAUUGUUACGUUCCUACAGAUUUAAGAUUUUUUAGUUACGACUAAAAUCCUUUAUUGGAACGGCCUGCAGCUGAAAAUAUUAUUUGUAUGUUGAACUUGUUACAGCAUGCAAAGUUAAGCCAGAAUUCGGAUUUAGUUUAUCUUGGGCUACCAGUUUUGGGUUUGAAAAAAAAUGUGUGGGCAAUUUUAUUUGUUUUCUAUUUAUCAAUUUUGAAAAUCCAAAAUCUCUCCCACUUGAAUACCAAAUCAUGGACACUGCCCCUUGUCAAGUUCUUACUCAACUGAAUACUUUAUUUCAAUCCAGUGUAUACUGUAUGUUAAAUGGAAUUAAAUUUUAAUUUAUACAUAUUUUAUUUUGUAUUUUCCUAAUAUUUUAAGCAAAUUUUAUGUGAUCAUUUGUAAGGUCUAAAAUAUGUCAUUCAAUUGAGUACAACUUGAAACAUUUAAGAGAAAUUAUGAACCUGUUUUUAAACACCUAUGUUCAAUGUCUUAACCUAAAAUCUUUACCAAUAUAACCUUUGAAAGACUAUAAACAGAGGAAAAAUAUUUUGGUGUUUGAAGCAUGUUAGGGUGUGAAAUGGGUAAAAUGAGCCUAGUUAGUUAUUAAGUACUCAGUUUUUGAAAAACAGGGCUAUUUAUGAGUUAUUUGGCAUUCUGCUCAUUAUUUCGGCUGAUUUUUAUCACAUGUAUAUAAAUUCUAUAUCACACUAUGGGUAAAUAUGACGAUGAUGCAUUACGGUAUUUUUAUUAAGUAUUCAUUGUAUACAUUGCCUGUUAUCAUUGUUUUGAAAACAAGUUUAUGUUUCAUGUUAUGAUGUACAAAUAGCAGUGAAAUUUUAUUUAUGUAAUGAGAUUAUUAAAUUCUAUUCAAAUGUGUUCUUUGCACUUCAAUAUAUUUGUUAUGUUUCGCACUUAAUAACAUGUUAAAUACAUGUUUAUUUAUCUUACUCUAAAUGUCUUACCAUACUCUAAAUUUCAUGUAAGGGCUAUUCCAUUUAAACAUAUAACCCCCUGGGGGAAGGCACUUUUUAAUUAUGGCAACCUCCUACAGAAGCAAAUUAACACUUUUGGUGUCCAAAUAAGCGAAAAAAGACACUCGGGUGAACAAUUGGGUCAGUGUAAACAAUAUUUAAAAAAAAAAUCACACCCAAGUGAAACAGUUACAUUAUAUGAUGAUACAGAUAGCUGCCAUUGUUACAAAUGUUGAGUUUGUCAAAAAUAGACAUUAUCCACCCUUAUUUUUCAAUUAAAAACUGAACAGCAUGAAUUAAGUUGCCAUAUUUACAUUUCACAAUAUUAGUAUUUUUUAGGAGUAACAGUUAUCAGAUGUAAGAGUAUUAUUUGUUUGUUAUUGUGCUUGUUUUAAUAAAAGUAAAUCAAAGUUGA